AUGGGGGAUUGGCACAGAGGACGUUCCCGUUGCUCCUGCCAGGGGAGGCGGAGCACCAGCGAUUACGCAUCUUCUCCAAGGAACGGCGACUUGAACGGGCGGGCGAUUACUGCUGCGACACCUCACACUCGCUGCAACUCCAACGUCUUCCAAGUCCAGUCUCCCUCUCUUCCAUCCUCUGACAUACCGCCCUCACCACCACCACCCCGCUUCACAGCACACCGCACGCUACUACCGGGUAUCACAAAGCGAUCAAAGGACAAGGCCGCGCGGGCCGAGCGCUCUGCUGGCGGAGACAAGUCCAGCUCGGCCAAGCCCAAGAAGGCCACUUUCGACACCACCAAGAAGAAGGAGAUCGGUGUAUCAGACCUGACACUACUCAGCAAGGUCUCCAACGAGGCCAUCAACGAGAACUUGAAGAAGCGCUUCGAGGGACGCGAGAUCUACACAUACAUCGGCCAUGUCUUGGUGUCCGUCAACCCCUUUCGCGACCUGGGCAUCUACACCGACCAGGUCCUCGAGAGCUACAAGGGCAAGAACCGUCUGGAGAUGCCCCCUCACGUCUUCGCCAUUGCCGAAUCUGCCUACUACAACAUGAAGGCCUACAGCGAGAACCAGUGCGUGAUCAUUUCGGGCGAGUCCGGAGCCGGCAAGACCGAGGCGGCCAAGCGCAUCAUGCAGUACAUCGCCAACGUGUCUGGCGGCGGGUCGGGGGAUAUCCAGCAGAUCAAGGACAUGGUGCUCGCGACAAACCCUCUGCUUGAAUCCUUCGGUAACGCCAAGACGCUGCGAAAUAACAAUUCGUCCCGCUUCGGCAAGUACCUCCAGAUUCACUUCAACGCUCAGGGCGAGCCCAUCGGUGCCGACAUCACCAACUACCUCCUUGAGAAGAGCCGUGUCGUCGGCCAGAUCGCCAACGAGCGUAACUUCCACAUCUUUUACCAAUUCACAAAAGGAGCCUCCCAGCAGUACCGCGAAAUGUACGGCAUCCAGAAACCCGAAACAUACCUCUAUACCAGCAAGGCCAAGUGCUUCGAUGUCGACGGUAUCGAUGAUUUGGCCGAGUACCAGGAUACCCUUAAUGCUAUGAAGAUUAUCGGUCUCUCGCAGCAGGAACAGGACAAUAUCUUCCGAAUGCUGUCGGCUAUUCUUUGGGCAGGAAACCUGGUGUUUAAGGAGGGUGAUGAUGGAUAUGCUGCUGUAUCAGAUCAGUCCGUGGUUGAUUUCUUGGCAUACCUCCUCGAGGUUGAUCCCGCUCAGCUGGUCCACGCCCUCACGAUCCGUAUCUUGACCCCAAGACCCGGUGAGGUUAUCGAGUCUCCCGCCAACGUUCCCCAGGCUACCGCGACAAGAGAUGCCCUGGCAAUGGCCAUUUACUACAACUUGUUUGACUGGAUUGUGGAGCGCAUCAACUUGUCGCUCAAAGCUCGCCAAGCUACGACGAACUCGAUUGGUAUCCUUGAUAUUUACGGUUUCGAAAUUUUCGAAAAGAACAGCUUUGAACAGCUCUGUAUCAACUACGUGAACGAAAAGCUCCAGCAAAUCUUCAUCCAAUUGACACUCAAGGCCGAGCAGGAUGAGUACGCGAGGGAACAGAUCAAGUGGACGCCCAUCAAGUACUUUGACAACAAGAUUGUGUGCGACUUGAUUGAGUCUACCAGGCCCCCUGGUAUUUUCUCUGCUAUGAAGGAUGCCACCAAGACUGCCCACGCUGAUCCGGCGGCUUCCGACCGCACCUUCAUGCAGAGCAUCAACGGCAUGUCGAACCCCCAUCUUACGCCCCGUCAGGGUGCUUUUAUUGUCAAGCACUACGCCGGUGAUGUAACGUACAGUGUGGACGGUAUCACGGACAAGAACAAGGAUUUGCUUCUCAAGGGUGUCCAGAAUCUCUUCCAGGCCAGCCAGAACCAGUUCGUUCAUACUCUGUUCCCCCAGCAGGUCGACUUGGACAACCGCAGGCAGCCCCCUUCUGCCGGUGACAGAAUCAGAACUUCCGCGAAUGCUUUAGUCGAUACUCUGAUGAAGUGCCAGCCUUCAUAUAUCCGUACUAUCAAACCCAACGAGAACAAGUCGCCAACAGAGUACAACGAGCCCAAUGUUCUUCAUCAGGUCAAGUAUCUCGGUCUUCAAGAAAACGUUCGCAUUCGCCGCGCCGGUUUCGCAUACCGUCAGUCGUUCGAGAAGUUUGUCGACCGCUUCUUCCUACUCUCGCCUGCCACAUCAUACGCUGGUGAGUAUACCUGGACGGGCUCUUACGAAGCGGCUACGAAGCAAAUCCUCAAGGACACGAGUAUCCCGCAGGAGGAGUGGCAAUUAGGUGUGACCAAGGCUUUCAUCAAGUCGCCCGAGACUUUGUUCGCUCUGGAGCAUAUGAGAGACAGGUACUGGCAUAACAUGGCGACGCGCAUUCAGCGCAUGUGGCGUGCGUACCUUGCAUACAGGGCAGAGGCUGCCAUCCGUAUCCAGCGUAUCUGGAGGAAGAAACGCGUUGGUGCCGAGUACCUGCAGCUCCGUGAAGAAGGCCAUAAGGUGUUGGGAGGCCGCAAGGAGCGCAGGAGAAUGUCUAUUCUUGGUUCCCGUCGGUUCUUGGGUGACUACCUUGGCAUCAAUGCUACCACCGGUCCUGGUGCUCAGAUUCGCAAUGCCAUCGGCAUUGGUAGCAACGAGAAAGCAGUCUUCUCUUGCCGCGGUGAGCUUCUUGAGCACAAGUUUGGUCGUUCCAGCAAGCCUAGUCCUAGAAUCCUGGUCGUGACCAACAGCAAGUUCUACAUCGUCGCCCAGGUUCUCAAUCAGGGUCACGUUCAGAUCAUGGCAGAGAAGGCAUUCCCAUUGGCUUCCAUCAAGUUCAUCGGGGCGUCGACCGCUAGAGACGACUGGUUCUCCCUGGGUGUUGGGUCGCAGCAAGAGCCCGAUCCCCUACUCAACUGCGUGCUCAAGACAGAGAUGUUCACGCAGAUGAAGAGGGUCAUGCCCGGAAGCUUCAAUCUGAAGAUUGGCGACGCCAUUGAGUACGCCAAGAAACCCGGCAAGAUGCAGUUGGUCAAGGUGUUGAAGGAUGCACCAACCUCGCAGGACUUCUACAAGAGCAGUACUGUUCAUACUCAGCCUGGCGAGCCUCCCAACUCUGUGUCCAGGCCCCAACCCAAGGCCAAGCCUGUUCCUCCAAGGCCUAUCACCAAGGGCAAGCUUAUCAAGCCUGGUGGUCCUGGUGGAAGACCAGCAAGAAAUGCCAACCCGAACCGCACGGCUCAGCCCCGGCCCGGUGGCGGUCCUUCUAUCGCUGCUUCCAACCCUCUUGCUUCUUCUGCCACUGCGGCUUCUAGCAGGCCUGUUCCCGCUCACCCUGGGGCAGCCUCUACCACGGCCGCUGCCAAGUCCCUUCCCAGUCACACGAGGCAGCAGUCUAGCACCUCGACCGUGCGCCCUCCGCCGCCGCCUCCUCCAGCGCCGGCUGCUAAGCCUAAGAUCAUGGCCAAGGUACUGUAUGACUUUGCUGGUACAAGGGAAAACGAGCUCUCCAUCAAGGCUGGAGAUAUAAUUGAGAUUGUCCAGAAAGAGAACAAUGGCUGGUGGCUAGCCAAGACCCCCGAAGGCCAAGCCUGGGUUCCUGCCGCAUACGUAGAAGAGCAAGCCCCCGCACCUCCUGUCGUCGCGCCCCGUCCUCCUCCUCCUCCUCCCCCCGCUGCCAACGGUGGCGGUCGCGUAGCUCCUCAGCCGCCGGCCAAGCGACCAGUCGCUGGCCGUAAGCCCGCGCCCGCGCCCGCCGUGGCCUCGCUGCAGAAUAGGGAUUCGGGCAUGAGCUUGAACGGAGCGAACGGAUCAGGAAGCGAUGCGAGCAGGAGCAGUACCCCGACGCCGAGCAUAGCGGGCAGUUUGGCGGAUGCCUUGAAGGCGAGGAAGCAGGCGAUGGCGAAGAGAGAUGAUGAUGAGGAUGACUGGUAGUAGCCGUUCGUCUUGUUUGCUGUGCAAGCUAUCGUUGUCAUUGAAGCAGGCAUUUCAGGUGGUUGUGGGGAUUAAUCAAAGGAUGUGUGUGUGGUAGAACACGGAGAAGCGCAGCCGGCGCGUUCAGGCAUAUAUUUAUAUAUAUAUCUGCUUUUAUAAAUGUUCAGCUUUAGACAGAAGCGCAGGCGGGGCAUGAUACUUGUCUUUUUUUUUUU